AUGGCGUCGGCGACUCCGGCAGGCGGCGGCGAGGGCGUCCACGGCGGCGGUGAGAUGCCGUUCUGGCCUCCUAGCGGAACGGAUGGCGUCGACGGCGAUGGCGACGACGACUCCAGCUCCGCGUACUCGACCGACGACGAGGAGGAGUCGAUGUUACUCAGCAUGGAGCAGCGGUUGCGGUUGGCGCAGCAGUGGGUGGCGAACCCUAGCAGCAGCCAUGAGUUGACGCAUGGACUUGGUGGCGUGCUUUUGGAUGAAGACAUUUGGCAAGUAAGGAUCCAUUUUGAUGCAAGAGAACCAUUGGAGAUGAAGCUGUGUGGUUCAGAUAUUACUUAUCUGAAUUUGAUUGCAGUGAUGGAAACCCAAGGAUUUAAUGCAUAUGAUUGUUUGUUUCACAUUGAAAAUCCAUCUUUAGGAGAGAAAGGGCUGGAUUUGGUAGACAGUCAUGCAGAAUUACAGAAGAUAAAGAGGAAGAUCCAGGACAAAUUGGUGCUUGAUUUGCUAGUCAGGGCUUGUCCACCCCCUGUUACUGAUUUUGAGUUGCAGCAAUGUGAAAUGCCAGAGUUGUCCACUGUGGUGUACCAAGAGCCUGUUGUUUUCGAUCUGAGUGAGCCUCCUAUCUUAGCUGUUGAUAAGCAAGGAGUAGUUUUUGAGAGUCAAUGUAGCAACUCUAGCACACCUCAUCCUGCUGGUGUUUGCACACAAGAAAGCAAGAAUGCAACAGCCAAGUUGAAAGCAAUUUUGGAAGAAGAAGAAGAGGGAUAUCAAGGAUUUGAGGCAUAUGAGGACAGUGAUGCUAAUGCCUCUGAUGAGGAUGCUCAAAUUGGAAAUGACCAUCAUUACAUGGGUGAUGAUGAAGAUGUAGAGGUGGAAGAGGGAAAGAGACAGAGAGAGCUAGAAGUACAAGAGGAAGAAUCAGAUGAUGAGCAAUCAGAAGAGGAAGAAAUGCUGCAUUAUGAGGGUGACACUGAAGUUGAGGAACCAUUUGAGGUAGAGGAAGAUAGGACUUUUGAAGAAGAAGAAGAAACUAUAGUUGAACCUGUGAAGAAGAAGCAGAAGCUACCAGUUAGAAGAGGACCAACAACUAGGUCACAUUCUAGUAAGCUACCAGAGGUUGAACCUGAUUUCAGACCAUCCUCAUCAGAUGAAGAAGAGAAGGGGUUGUUGAGGGAGAGUGAUGAUGAUGGUUUUGAGCCAGCCUCUUUUGUCCUACCAAAGAAAAGGAAGAGUAGGGCAAAGAAAAGGCCUGCUAGGAAGUGGUACAAUGAGAAAAUGGAGCAACCACAUGAGCAACUGUGUAUGAAGUUGUGUUUUAGGGAUCAGCAUCAAUGCAGAGAUGCUUUGUUGAAUUUGCACAUCACUCAGGCCAGGAAUUUUAAGUAUCACAGGAAUUCAGAUCAGAGGAUAAUUGUUCAGUGUCCAGAUAAACAAUGCCAGUUCUUUAUGGUGGCAGCAGUUAUAAAAGGGGAGAAAACCUUUGUAAUUAAGAAGAUGAGACUAGAGCACACUUGCCCUAGUACCACUGAGACCACCAGGGUUAGUGCUAAGUGGCUAGCACAGAAAUAUGAGCAUCUCUUCAGAUCUGAUAUAACUACUGGUAUUCAGACAAUAAUUGAUGCAUGCAUGGAAAAAUAUGGUGUAGAUGUGCCCAAGUGCAUGGCAUAUAGGGCAAAGAACAUAGCUAUUGAAGCUGUCUUAGGAGAUCACAAGAAGCAAUAUCCUAGGCUUAAAGACUAUGCUCAGACUGUCAUGGAUACAAACCCUGGGAGUAGAGUAAUAGUCACUACUGUUACUCCAGUACCAAAUGCAAAAAUACCCCACCCAGGCCCAAGAUUCCAUGCCAUGUUCUUUUGCCUGAAUGGAGCAAGGGAGGGGUUUCUCAAUGGGUGUAGGCCAUUCAUUGGUGUUGAUGGAUGCUUCAUUAAGCUCACUACAGGAGCUCAACUCCUUGCUGCCACUGGUAGAGAUGGCAACAACAACAUAUAUCCACUGGCAUUUGGCAUAGUUGGACAAGAGGACACACCUAGUUGGUGUUGGUUUCUACACCAACUGAAAAUUUGCCUAGGUGGAGAAGUGGGCAAGUUUGGACCUUAUACUAUAAUGUCAGAUAGACAAAAGGUAUGUGUUUGCACAUUUCAUUUUGUUUUGCACAAGUGUUAACAGUGGCUAAGAGUUUCAUUGGUGCAUAUUUAUUUACCUUGUAGCUUAGACUUGUUAAAUUGUUUGUGUCAGGGGUUAUUGAAUGCAGUGAAUGUUGUCUUUCCAAAUUGCAACCAAAGAUUCUGCCUUAGGCAUUUAUAUGCAAAUUUCCAAAAUGCUGGGUUUAGGGGUGAAGAUCUUAAGAAGUGCAUGGAUAAUGCUAGCUAUGCCUACAAUGAACACAAAUUUAAUAUUGCAAUGAAUGAUCUUAGAGCUGAAAGUGAGGAAGCUUGGGAGUGGCUUACUGCAAUACCAAAAAAAACAUGGGCAAGGCAUGCAUUUGACACAAACUGCAAGACUGACUUGGUAGUGAACAACUUGUCUGAGGUGUUCAACAAGUACAUUCUAGAUGUUAGGAGAAAACCUAUAAGGACAAUGUGUGAUGGGAUAAAAGAUAAGCAGAUGGUGAGGUGGCAUAGGAACAGAGAGAGUGUAAAGGCAGCAAGAUGGGAUAUAACACCUCAUUACAGUGAGAAGCUAGAGGUUGAGAAGGAGAGGGCCAGAUAUUGCAAGCCAAUACAGGCAGGGGUCAACUUAUGGCAAGUUACAAGUGGGCAGCAAACACAUGCUGUCAACCUGGAACUUGAGACUUGUGGAUGCAGGAAGUGGGACCUUAGUGGCAUACCUUGCAACCAUGCCAUCUCUGCAAUAAACAAGGCUAAAAGGAAACCAGAGGAUUAUGUCAGCAAAUUCUUCAAGAAAGAUUUUUAUGCUGCAGCUUAUGAA